GGGGCGGGGUCGGGGAUUUGGGGGGCGGGACUUUGCGUGGGCGGCCGCGGCGGCGGGGGGUUGUUGCUGUUGGUGUUUCUGGGUCGGCGGGUUGUGAUGUUGAUGCGGAUGCUGACGCUGAUGCUGGUGCUGGUGCUGUAAAUGGUUUUGCGGUUGACAUUAUCUUUGCUCUUGGUGUACUCUGUUCCUCGGCCUCCUCCUCAUCGUCCUCCUCUUCGCUCGACUCGUAAAUCUCGCGCGCCAGACCAUCGGGCCCCUCCUCGUCGCUGUCCUCGUCGGCGACGAUGCUCUGGAUCAGAGCCCUGGCGCUCUUCCUCCGUGCGGAGCGGUCCGCGGCCUGUCGCCUUCGCGGGGUGAUGGCGGCCUUGAUGGGCGUCACCAGCGUGUUCACCUGGCGCAGCUUCGAGGGCGUGACGGCGCCGUUGGCUUGUGGAGUUGCUGGUUUCGGCGGGCGGCCUCUUUUCUUUCUUGGGGUAUGUUCUUCGGGUUGGGGAUCGGGGUCCCCUGCUUCUGCUGCCUCUUCAUCUUCGUUGUCAUCAUCGGCGGCAUCACUGUCAGAGGGCACUUCAUAAGGGUCCGCUGCCUGGCGCCUCCGCUUCGAGGGGGUCCCGUUGACAGGCUCAUCGUCGGCUCCAUCAUGUAGCUGCUGGCGGGAGCGUUUCUGGCUCAGUCUGCUACUCGGAGAAUCGCCCACGUCUGGUUCUUGCGGUCUUUUCCUCGCCAUGUUUGUGUUGCGCCUGUGGUGUAUCUCAAUUCUCGCGGGGGGUGGUUGUUCGAUGGGGCGUUGGUGGUCAAUAUUUUGCGGCUUUCGACGGCACGGCAACCGGAGACGACGCGCUGGAGACGCGAAAAUGUGCAGUCGGACAGGG